AUCUAUUGCAUAUUAUCCCGCCACAGGACGUGUGGCUGUGGUGCCGGUUGGUCUGCUUGUACCGAGUGUGGUUGUUGUCUCACUUGUGCUGGGGAGUUUGACCUUAUGCAAGGGGGGAAAAAGAAAGAUGACCUGGAGUUCAAUUUACCCCAAGCAGAAGGGGAAUUCCCGGGGCGUGCUGACCCAUCUUCCCCCUUCUUAAACAAACUUGGUGCUUUAUAUCAACAAAGCAAAGCUUCAAAGAAGAGUGUUAGUCCAUGUCUGAGGAAAAGUAAAUUAUCAUCAAAAAAUGUUCCAAGCAGAUCCGACAUUGUUAAAGAAAGAAACAAGAUGUUUUUCUUACCACUACAACAACUUAAACUAUCAGAAGAUACAAGGAAAGCAAUUCAGAUAUCAUGUGGGGCCCACCAUACACUGGUGUUAAUGGAUGAUGGAUCAGUUUGUGCCUUCGGUCAAAACAACCAUGGACAACUUGGUGUAAAAGGGUCAAGUAUAAGAACAAUUCCUACUUUCCUUGAUAUUGAUUUAAAAGUUGUGAGGAUCGCAACUGGAAGUUACCACUCGUUGUUUCUAACCGAUCAUGGAAUAUUGUUGGGGUGUGGUGGCAAUGCUGAUGGCCAACUUGGCGAUAAUGUUGGUGCAGCUGAUGUGUUGACACCUACAGUGAUAUUUUUAUUCCAACAACACACCCCUAACACCUUGCACCACUACCGCCCUCGUGUGACAUGGAUGGGAGCUUCACAUAACAACACGUUCGUUAAAUAUGAAGAGGUCUUGCUAGACUCCUCCCGAUUGGACGAAACAAAGGUGUUCGGCAACCAAUCAUAUGUCGGUAUUUCGUAUUCAUCGAAUGAACCACAAAGUUCAACAGAGAGCAUGCGGAAGUCAGACAUGUUGCUGAUAGAGAAACAGAGUGGAAUCUGCCGACAUUUUGAUCAAUCUUGUUCGAUAGACACAAGUGGUGACAUACAAGUGUGUAUGGAUGCUGCGCAUGAUGUUAUAUGGAGUAUGAACCCCCACACAUGGACAAUAUCAAGUCAUAUGUUGUCUGGAUAUCAAACAAACAAUAUGAGCGGGGAUGCUAUGUCUCCUUUUUCACCACAGGUAGCUAUCCCACUAUCAAGUAAAGGUUACACCACACGUACAUUAGCCGGGCUCAACCUACUCGCUUGUAUUGAUACUUUGGCCACUAGAUGUCCUCAUGGGAUGGAAACGGACAACGAGGAAAAUUCAACAGAUGGGAGUACAAACACAUUGAACACAAAGGGUAAAGCUGACCAACAUACUGCAGAGGAAUACAGCAUUGUCAACAGAUUUAAAAGUCAUGGUGGUGGGUGGGGUUAUUCUGUCCAUUCAACUGAAGCGAUUCGUUUCAUGUGUGACGCUGAUGUCUUGCUUGGGGGUAUCGGGGUGUUUGGGGGUCGGGGUGAAUACUCGGUUACCGUGUGCGUGUAUGAAGAAGUGGGGGACGCCGAAGCACCCGGGGACGGAGAUGUUCUGGUGGAGACGGAUAGGAUUCCUUAUGAAUGUGGAUCAAGAGAGAAAUUCCAUGCCAUAUUCAACGAGCCAAUCCCGGUUACUGCUGGGCAAUGGUACACGGUGACUGCCAAGGUAACUGGACCUUCAAGUGACUGUGGGUCACAUGGGGAACAGAACGUUACAACUUCUGAUAACAUCAAAUUUACAUUCCGUCGAUCAAAACGAUCCAACAAUGGCACAGAUGUAUCCGCUGGUCAAAUACCUGAGUUGUUAUAUUGUUUACCUCCCCCUGUCACCAGCAAUGAAACGGAGGUUGUAACUAAAUCUACGUUCGGCACGCCGGUACAGGUUGUCACAAGGGAUUUCUAUAUGUCUUUCACUGAGAGUGUGUUUGACAGCCUUCCCUACCUUAUUGAAUGGACACGAACCUCACUAUUUGAAGACAUCUCCAAGAAAGCUUCAAGAUUCGAGAAAAUCUCAAAAACUGAUGAAACAUCUUCCAACGCAGAGGAGGUGUUAACCACAGAAGUGAUCCGAGAUCUCGCCUUCGUGUUCGCUGUCUGUCUACGCUUGCUACGAAUUACGAUUUCCCAGACACUAUCAAUUAACAAUAAUGAGUCUGGCAACUUACCUGAGUUUAUCACACAAGCAACAUCACUCAUAGAAAUCAUAUUAACGGAUGGUGAACUAGAUGCAGCUAUGGAUGAUGCCCAAGGUAUGCCAGCGUUGGACAGAGAUCUUGUGAUGUCAUCAGCUAUUACCACGGUAACCGAGUGUCAUCAAAUAAUGUUGGAAUGCAUUGAAACAUUACAACCAACCCCACCAAGGAAAUGGGCGUAUCUACAUCAAGCAUUGGAGAGUUAUAACAUGGCGUCACCACAGCAGAAGACAAGACAAGCCCGCUUACUUGUCCUUGUGCUUGAUGCUCUCUGCCAACCCUCAGUAGAUCUGGUGCAGUGUUUACCGCUAUUUCCACGAACGUUGUCAAACCUUGCCAGUGUUGCCUCAGCUGCUCAAUCUCCUAAUGUUGAUGCAGUGGACCACCACCCCACCCACAUAGAGACUCCCGUGUCAUCUGCUGCUGGUUUCUACGACGUAGCUCACUCAUUGGUCGAAAUAGCUUGCCUCUCCACCAAUGAGAAGACAGAACAAAAAAGAAAAAUUCCUUUACAGAUUUCACCGAACAAAAAGUUCAAUCGAUUGCUCCUUGAUCCACACGAGGCAGUAGUGAGCAGCACAUGUAAACUACUCGUCACCUUGACCUCUGACCUUUCAUACAGAGCUGUUGAAACAAACAGUUCGUUAUCGUUAACCGAUGACACGUUUAAAUCGGAUAAAUCAAUAUUCACAAUAUACAGAUUCGACCACCCUCCUGUCCAUCGUAACUGGAAGACAGGCAACGGAACACCUGAUGCCAUUUGUUUCAAUGUAGAAGCCACAGGUGUUUAUGUCGUUGGGUUUGGUGUGUACGGGGGUGGGCACGAGGAUCAUAGAUAUGAGAUUGAACUAUUUGAACAGAAUGGAAACGGUGGUUGGGAAACACUGGACCUCAUGAAAGGAACUUAUAGAUCACAUGAUUAUGGGAAGGAUCACGUGAUAAAUGUGAUGACAAAUAAACCAAUCAGCAUCAAGAAAUCUCAGAUAUAUUCGAUAAGGCUUCGUAACUACGGCGGACGAACAUGUAAUGGGGUACAUGGGAAAGCAUCAGUGAAGGGGCCAGAUGGGACAAAGUUUAAUUUCACCCACUGCCCACAGUCAAGCAAUGGAACAACUGUAAGAAGGGGUCAGUUACCUUCAAUUUUAUAUCGCAGAACUCCGUCAGAUGAUGAGCUCCCUGCCUCCCCCGGUGACAAGUGGGUUGGCACGGCAACCACCCCGGCAACAGCGGGAUUAGCUUACCAACGACACGCGCUUAAUAUUCUCGCACUUGUCUCCGAAUCAGCCAUAGAUAUCUUCAACACUGUUGGCUCGGAAGACGAGAACGAGAUCGCUGAGCUCGAAAACGAGAUUGAGAACUUGCAAGUUGAUUCUGAUUCUGAUAAUGAUCUGGAGCUUAAUCAGGAUGCAUUACAUGGGUCCUCCGGAGCAAUAGUGAAGAGGAACAUCUCCACUGAGAAGAUGACUUGCAAGAGAAUGCUGGGUUCAAAGCUUGUGUCGUAUCUUCUGCCAAAUUUAUUCUCAAAUAUAGGUGUCCUAGUGAGAAGGAACGCCCAUUGCUCCGUUGAAGUCAUGGAUUUGAUCCGCGAUCUUCUCCCUCCUCUCAUCAACAUCCAGAGGACCGUUUCCGAUGAAAAGAAGAAAUCGGAUCCCGAGAGUUUCACGUUGGUGGUUGAGAGCAAACAUCCAUACAAAGCUGCGUCUGUUAUUGAGCAUAGGGCCACCUUCCAACCGUGUGUAAGUUGGAUGGUGCUGGAAUUCAACAACCGGUGUCAAACUGGUCAACCAGAGGAUUUUCUCCAACUAUAUUUACCACCAUCCAACACUGAACAUGCAUUGAAUCCAGUGCUUAAUAAAAUGAGCCAGGAUAAGAACUGGCCACAGAAUUCAAUUCUAUUGCCAGGGCAUGAAGUUGUAUUCAGGCUUGAAACAGCAUCAGAUUACACCAACUCUAGUGAACAGAAGCCCCACUUAUUCUAUGGCUUCAGAUGUGUUAUUACUGGUUACCAGACCCUCCCUGAUAGUUGUGCAGACGAAGGUUUAUGUUUAGUGAGCGAGAUGAUCAACGUAGCAGGUUUUGCUUCCAUUAACCUGAUGAAGGUUCAUUUCCAGCUGUGGGCAGAGGAUGAAAGUGAGAGCAAUUUCUCCUCCCUCUCGUUGGAUGAGCAAGAGGACCGUCGUGAACACUUAAAGGCGAUAGAGAGCACAGCAUCCGUUACAUUAGAACAUCAUCCAUCGUUAUUCUUACCUGGUUUGCAUUUGGAUAGUUUCCCUGGUGCAUCAGAAGCUUUAACAGGAAACCUCCCAAUAAGCGAAGGAUCCAAAGAACGAACUUUCCUUCUUGAUUUUGUAUCGGCAACACCUGAGACAAGUGGUGGAAGAUUGGCAAGAUGGUUACAACCCGAUUCUUACGUUGAUCCUUCGAACUGUCUCCUUCGUUUGAACACCAAGACACUGAUCCACACACUGCCAACAUCUAUUACUAUUAUUACAAGGGACCAAUAUGGAAAGUCAGUCCAUGUACCAACACUUAAAGUUGAAUUGUCAGCCAGACCACAUUCGGCUGCUAAUAUGCACGCCAAUGUUGGUGUAAUUGGUCCCUUAUACGCAGCCACCCCCGAUAUAUCACCCACCACACCGACCCCAUCGUUUGAAGCGAGAUAUGAAGUCACAAAACACCGGGAUUCCAAAUAUCAUUCAAUCACUAUGAUGAGAGCUUAUAAGAAAUAUUCAUUUGAAGAACUAAGGCUUGCGUACCCACUCAAGAAAACUUUGAAAACUGAGACAAUACUUGUGGCUGGGGUGGGAGAUGGUGUGUACCGCGCUACAUGGAUUCCAUCCCUAGUAUCAACAUACACGUUACAAGUUACACUGGAUCAAAAGUUGAAAGGUCCUCGUCAUAUAGUGGAUGUUGUGGAAGCUCCUCAUGGAUGCACGGAACAACCUCGGUUACCUACCAACCACUUGGUGGAGGCAUCAAGCACCAAGUUACGAAGGUUUGCGACGAGAAAUAGUAGAGGAUUGAGAAUAAGAAGCAACCCUACUCUACAAAGCCCACAGAUUGGCUUGUUAAAAUAUGAUGACAUCAUUGAGUUUACGGAAGAGAUUCGUAACACCGAUGGUUCGUGGGUUAAACUCGGCAAGGCAAGUUGUGAUAAAUACUGCAGUGAUUCAACCAUAGUAGACGCAUGGUGUAUCUCGCAUCAUAAACAUAAUGGGAGAACCUUCCUUGUGCCUGUUGAGAAAUCAAGCCCAAAAAUAGAAGAAGUCGAUAAAAAAGAUGAUCCCACGAAACCUCCUAUUGUAGUGGAUCAAGCUUCAUCCGCCCAACAACAUCCCUCCUUCAGCUCCUCUCUCUUCGGAGCAUCUUCAUCCACUCCAUCCAAAUCCUCCGAUCUCUUCCCCACCCUUUUCAGCCCAACUGCUCCGAAGACAAAGGACUUCAGAGGAUCAGGGGAAUACCAAGUGAUAAAGUGUGGGGUGGCGGGGCAUAACAUUCGAUACAAUCCUAAUAUUAAAUCCCCACCAAUAGGUAAACUUGUAUCAGGGAAUUCCUUCAUGUCUGUUGAUGUAACCACAGAUAAAACAGGAAUCUGGCUUCUUAUGCAUUCAACACAACUUACUAAGUUCUGUCUCGAAGCUCAAGAAGCUGGUCAUGGCUGGACGCUCGCAGUCACGCAUGACGGCACGCAGUACCUUCAGUCUGUUUCUCGCAAAUCUAGAUCUUCAACAAACCUCAACACCCCGGAAACAAGCGUGAACCUCAACGUUAACAUGUCUAACGGAUCAUUGAGUGAAUCAGCCAUCAGAGGAGCAGCUCUUGCUAAACUUACCAACCCUUUCACUGAUCCUCAGUCUAAAGAUGGAGAUGCAGUUGAUCUUCUCCUCGCAUCCAGUCCCAGCUUCAAGGAUCAUCCAGAGGAAGGGAGGAAGUUGGAGGUUGAUGAUCCUUCAUCUCACUUAAAGGAGAAGAUAAAGAAACAUCAUCGAUCGUCUUCAGAUUCGGAAGUCCAAAGAUCGCUCAAGAGCAAAACUAAUGGUGAAAAGAAACUACCGGACCCUCUCUCGUCUCUUCGUGGUCGAUCCUCCAGCGCAACUUCCAACACUAGGAGUCACUCUUCACCACGAACGAAGAAAACUUCCCACAAUGCUCCGCUGCAACGAACUGCAUCCUCGCAGAGGUUGGAGCGCGGGGGGCGUAAGUCGAGUUUAGGAAGACGUGAUUCUGGGUCCUCCGAUGGUGCAAAGAAGAAGACAUUCAAGAAGUCUCCCACUAAGAAGACGACUGCAUCCGCAUCAAAAGAAGUUGCAAAAUCAUUGAAGGAUCAUCCUAAUGAUGGGGCGAGAUCGAAAUCUAUUCGUGGGGGAGUAAAAAAAGUUGAGGUAGCCCACAUGAACGGUGGUGAGGAUAUCCCGUUCAUUGAUGAUGUCGUAGACGUUGAAGGAAAUAUCUUAUCUCCGAGUAAACAACCUGUCAAUCAAACCAAGCUCUCUACUGCAGCUAGUGGUGCAAUUCCUAAGAAGGAGAUUCCACGUUCAAAGAUGUUUCAUUCACAAUUAAAGAAAGAAACUCCAGUCAAGUUGACGAACCAGCAGAAAACUUACCCUCAUAAAAUAAAUCGUUCGGAGACUAGUGAAGCUCUAUCUCCCCUAGUGGCUGAAUGUGCGAGAGCAGUAUUUGCAGCGUUUGUAUGGCACGAGGGAAUUGUACACGACGCUAUGGCUUGUUCAUCAUUCCUUAAAUUCAACCGAACUCAGCGUUCACAAAUUAUGAAGCAUGUUACUAAUGUUGUAACUGAGGGGACUUCAACUCCUCGUAGAUCAAGUGAUACGUCAUCUAACACACAAGAAGGCUCAUCAAAUGAAUGGAGUCAACCACCUGGUACACUGGUGUAUCUUGCCAUGAUAUGGGUCAGUCUGUCAGAAACCAUCACUAAACUGGCUGUUCGAAACCAGAACCUUCUACCCCCUGUCCCAUCAUCACACAACCUGAACAGUCAGAAAGAUGCGACCACCCCCCCACCAUCUAAAGCACCCAAGCGGAAACGAGCCAAUAUUGUUGCCAACGGUUUCAAUGAUUUAGAGAAUAAGAAAUACAAAGACAUGAUGAGAUUCCAUGAUGUCACAAUUCAACAGCUUCGUCAGAGAAGAAACAAUCAACAACCACCAGCCAUUCGUCCGUUUAUGCCGUUCCCUACUGUACAAGACGGCAGAGGUGACCACUUCAAGGACAUUGUGUGCGAUCUAUGCGACAAGAUGCAGCCAUACCCAGUUACUUAUCAUAUGAAACAGAGCCACCCUGGUUGUGGGAAGUUCGCUGGAGGUCUUGGUUACAACAGCAGUGGUCAUUAUUGUGGGGGUUGGGCGGGUGAUUGCGGAGAUGGGGGGGUAGGGGGAAGUACCUGGUUUCUACUAUGUAUUACAUGCAGGGAAUCAUAUUUGACCAAUAAGAAAUCAGCCACCUCACCCAGCACAUCUAAGAACACCAAUGUAAAGAAAGGUUCAAGUAAUUGGGCAAAUAAGCUGCACAAGUUGCUGCUACAACCAACAAGUGCCCAUCAGGUUAUGAAAGACAAUGCAAUGUUUCUACUCAACCUUGUAAGUGCAGCACGUGGACCACAUCGACUGUUUGAACACAAGAAUAAAAAUCUAUUAUCUGGCCAUUCAUCCACACAACAAGACAAAUGGUUGGAAAAUGUUGGGGCAAGUUUAAAUGAUGAUGAUAUGUGGAUAAAAACAGAACAACCCACGAUGAGCCUUGCACAUUCCCCUUUCCCCAACCACCCAUGUGCUUACUUACAAACUAAUGGGAAGGAUACAGUUUCACCAAUCACCAAUACUAUCCCACCCAUCUAUACAAACAGUAGGAAACUGCACAGUGGAGCAGAAUACAGAAGUCGUUCUUUGUCCAACCAGCUGCAAACUUCAACCAAGUUUCUCAAACAUUCAAUCAAUAGAUUGUCAGUGACACCUGACAGCUCACCACAAAAGACCGAAUCAUCCAUGUUUUUACGUCGUAAUCGGUUAAUGAGGUCGGUUUCAACUGGUUCGCAGCCGAAUAAACCGGAUCGUCAUCGUAUUAGCAGCAGUGGGGAUGCUUCUAUUACAGCCUCACCAUCCGGAACGUUCCUCCUCCACCAACCUUCCGCAUCCAUGAAAAGAUUGAUGCGGGGAGGAUCCGGGAACAAUAAUGACAUCGCCGGGAGGGCCGUGCACGGAUCAAAUGUUAUAUCGUUUGUUACGCAACGUCAUGAUCUUAAGUCGUUGCAACUUACGCUACAGAUGACACUGAGGAGAGCUGCAUUGAGGGUUUAUGUGUUGCAGGCACUGACAUGGUUGCUACGUACAGUGAUCACUGAAUCAAGCAUCCAUAACAUUCUGUGGUACUUUGUGUCAGCUCUUACUGAAGCCAACCAACACCCAGGGAAAGAUGAAAGCAAGAAUAAAAUCAAUGAUGAAAACAAUGACGAUGAAAUGGAGCAAGAAACAAAACCCUUGUGUGAGCACCCUGUAAAAGAUAUGGCAUUGGCUGGCAUUGAUUCAAUGCAACCACUGGUUGAAGCUUUCCAUGGAUUUCUACAAACAGUAUCCGAUAUUAUGAUGCAUCUCCCUGCUAACAGUCCAGUUCAACUCAUGGCGAUUCGAUGUUGGAGCUUGCGCGUUCUCCCAUCAGAUCAUCAGUUCCUCCAUCAAAGCCAGGUCUUCUCACAUAUCAGCCAAAUAUUAUCCAAAGUAGAUUGCAACGAAGAAAAACAAGCAAAGAGGAAGAAAUUGAUGAAAAUUAAACCAGGGAACUCUGCUCCCAAAGAGGUGGAAAACCAUGACGGUAAAGUAACGAACACCCGUGAUAUAACGACCCACAUUCAUAUAAAGACAUCAAGUCAUCCUUCCAUUGCUAACAGUUUAACUGAUGGUUCAACUGAAACAUUCUGGGAAUCAGGAGAUGAGGAUAAGAACAAAGUGAAGAGCAUCACAUUAAACAUGGUGUGUGAUAAAGAUGGAAGAAAGAAGGAGAUAAGAGAUGUCUUACCUCAUGCUCUGUAUGUACAUAUUGAUAACACACGAGAUAUACAGAAAAAAGUGACUUCGAUUAGUUUUUCCUCCGAAAUAUUUGACGAAGAUAAAAAGAAGAAAUUACAAACUCGUGAAUUGUCCUCACAAUACGCAGGGUGGGUGCAUUGCCCUCUGAAUGAGGAUAUUAAUAUACUACAAGUUGAGUUGCGUGGUCCCGAUAACGGGCUUCGUGUGCGACAAAUUAAGUUGCUUGGAAUCCUUGUGGGUGAGGGUAUGAUGUCAAUACAACAGCUACCAUCUAACACACUACGUGCUCAAACUUGUGAAGCUGAGUUACUCAAAGUUUUCAAGUUGUUAACUGCAGAGGUAUUCGGACAACUACUUUCCGAAACCACCCCAACCUCGAACAACGGUAGCCCCGCCAUCACCCCACCAGAUGAAGUGGGUGGGGGCGAAACAUCAAAGGUGGCGGACCUCACCCCAUCAAGCCCCAGGGACGUGGAUCCCAACUUAAGGGAACAUAUGGUUGGGAUCUUGUUCAGUAGAAGUAAACUAACCUCACUACAGAAGAAGGUAUUUGAACAUACAGUGCAUGCCAUCCACACUGAAGCCGCCCAUAUAAGGAAGGUUUGGGAGAAUAAUCUACAAGCUACAUCAGUUCAGUGUGUUAAAUCAGCUGAACAGAGCGAUACUUACUGCUUUGAACUUCUUUCCAUGAUCCUUGCAUUGAGUGGUUCAGAUGUUGGAUGUCAUUAUGUGGCUCAACAGAGUUUACUUGUACAAGAUAUUGUGUCCUUGCUACAUACUGGAACACCAAGGGUGCAGAGACAGGUCACUUUACUUUUACGGAGAAUAUUAUCAGAAGUCCCCCCCGAUCGACUUGCAUCAAUUAUAUCUGCCAAGGUUCCAACACAAGAUAAACUGAGGGAAUCCAUUACUGAGAGCUCCUCCUCCUCCUCAUUUUCCUCCCAAGAUGCUCCUCCCUCCAUCCGAGUUCUCGAUCCUUUCUUUGCUUGCAUAGCUAAGGCUCUUCAUGUACAAGUGAAAGGGGGUUCCCCACAACUGCAAUCUGCUGAUUCAGCAAAUCAAGCCAAGAAAGCACGAGCUGUAGAACUGAAGACGGUGUUUUCUGGAAGGCCAGAGAAAGACAGUCCAACGUGGUGGAUGCAUGGAACAAUACAAGAUAAAUCUAUUGUGGAGUCUGUUAUCAAGUUACUUAAAGAUAUGUCUGCUGGUCAAAUUGGUUUAAACUGGAGUUCGGUCACCAAGUGUGCGGUGUCCGAAGCCAUUCUUCCUCUGACCAGAUUAUCGGAGAUGGAACGUGAAUCGGAGCAUUGUCUCGCUACCCCCACCCUGUGGCAAGCACUAGGAGCCUUGUGUGCGUUGGACCAUGACCAUGUUGAUAAGUUGUCGUCAGCUCGAUCAAAUCAACAGAAAAAUAAGCUAACUUGUGCCAACCAUGAUGAUGGAGUAACACAAGCCAUCGUACAAUGUAGUGAUUGUGGCAACUUAUGUUCAGAAUGCGACCGAUAUUUACAUUUACAUCGUCGCACACAAGAUCACCAGAGACAGGUAUUCAAGGAGGAAGAGGAAUCGAUCCGCGUUGAUCUUCACGAAGGAUGCGGGAGAAUCAAACUCUUCUGGUUGAUGGCACUCGCUGAUUCAAACACGAUGAAGGCAAUCGUGGAAUUUAAAGGAAGAACACCAGGUCAGCGACAACCAGCAAGCACAGGUGUUUGUAGAUUCUGUGGCAGCACAUCAGAUAGUGGUCAACUUGCCAUUAACAAUGUUUGCCUGGAUGAAGCUUGUCAAAGCCACGCUGCUAUGGCUUGCUCUAAGAGUCAUAGUUGUGGUCAUAUGUGUGGUGGUGUUCGUGAUGAAGAAACAUGUUUACCAUGUUUACAUACUUCAUGUACACCUUCACUUAAACAAGAUGGUGAUGAUAUGUGUAUGGUGUGUUUUACUGAUGAACUAUCUGCAGCACCAGCUAUACAGUUGGAAUGUGGUCAUAUAUUUCAUUAUCAUUGUUGUGAGAUGCAACUUAAGAAACAAUGGGCAGGACCAAGGAUUACAUUUGGUUUCAUGUUGUGUUCAAUUUGUAAGACUGAAAUAAAGCAUUCGUCUUUGGCAAAAUACCUGAAUAAAAUAGAAGACUUGAUGAGCCAAGUUAAACGUAAAGCUUUGCAACGAUUAGAAUAUGAAGGAUUGAACGAAUGUGAAUCUAUUACUGCUGUUGGGGGAAGAUUUUACCAAAAUCCCACUGGAUUUGCAUUGAAUAAAUAUGCAUAUUACAUGUGCUAUAAAUGCAAUAAGGCAUAUUAUGGAGGUGAGGUCCGUUGUGAUGCAGAAGCAGGCGUGGAGGAUUUAUUCGAUCCCAAGGAACUCAUCUGUGGGGCUUGCUCUGAUGUUGCAUGCGCUCAAAUUUGCCCAAAACAUGGAACAGAUUUUCUUGAGUAUAAAUGUCGUUACUGCUGUUCCGUAGCCGUCUAUUUCUGUUUUGGUACAACGCAUUUCUGCCAGCCCUGUCAUGAUGAUUUCCAGCGUAUCACUGCCCUACAAAAAUCUGCUUUGCCACAUUGCCCUGCUGGACAAAAAGCCCAACAGUUAGAGGGAAAGGAAUGUCCGUUGCAUGUGGAGCAUCCACCCACAGGGGAGGAGUUUGCAUUAGGUUGUGGUGUGUGUAGAAAUGCCCAUACAUUCUGAUAGGUUUCCAAGCAUGCAUGUCAAGUUCCGGUGUUGUAACUGCUUACUCGUCGCUUUUUGUUGCAAAAUUAUGAAUCCAAGUUAGAUAAUCCAACAACGGCAAUUUUAAGACUUAAAAUCAACAAUUCUUUUUUUGUAUUUCGAUAAAAGAAUGUUACACUGAAUUUCAUGGUAUAGUAAAAAUAAAUAUAUAAAAACAAACAAA